GAUCGACCAAUCAAGAGCGGGGUGAGGCACAAAACCAGCAGGCUCCCUGGGGAGCCAGCCAGAGGCAGGGGGCCAUGGCCGAGCUGCAGCAGCUGCAGGAGUUCGAGAUCCCCACUGGCCGGGAAGCUCUGCGGGGCAACCACAGCUCCCUGCUGCGAGUCGCGGACUACUGCGUGGACAACUACGUGCAGGCCACAGACAAGCGGAAGGCGCUGGAAGAGACCAUGGCCUUUACCACCCAGGCACUGGCCAGCGUGGCCUACCAAGUCGGCAGUCUGGCCGGACACACUCUGCGUAUGUUGGACCUGCAGGCGGCCUCCCUGCGGCAGGUGGAGGCCCGAGUGAACACGCUGGGCCAGAUGGUGAAUAUGCACUUGGAGAAGGUGGCCCGGAGGGAGAUCGGCACCUUGGCCACCGUCCAGCGGCUGCCCCCUGGCCAGAAAAUCAUCGCCCCUAACAGCCUCCCUCCCCUCACGCCCUACUACAGGAAACCCCUCAACUUUGGCUGCCUGGAUGACAUUGGCCAUGGGAUCAAGGAUCUGACCACGCAGCUGUCGCGGACCGGGACCCUCUCGCGAAAGAGCAUCAAGGCGCCUGCCACACCGGCCUCCGCCACCCUGGGGUGAGGACCACCCCGGAUCCCCGNCCCCGAGCCGGUGCAGCUCCCCGUGGUGCCCGAGGGAAAGCUCUCCGCCGCCUCAUCGGCCUCUUCCCUGGCCUCGGCAGGCAGCGCCGAAGGUGUCGGUGGGGUCUCCACGACCAAGGGGCAGGCGGCACCCCCACCCCCACCCCUCCCCAGCCCCACAGCCCCACCCCCUCCACCGGCCUCCGAGGUCUUCCUGCCGCCCCCACUGCUGGAGGAAGUGUCCCUGCCCCUGCCGGCCCCCGAGCUGCCUCCACCCCUGGACCUGCCCCCUCCUCCACCCCUGGAUGCGGGUGACUUGGGGCUGCCCCCUCUGCCCCCACCGGACUUUGGUCCCGAAGAGCCUAGCUGGGUCCCUGCCGCAUACUUGGAGAAAGUGGUGACCCUGUACCCAUACACCCGUCAGAAGGACAACGAGCUCUCCUUCCCCGAAGGCACCAUCAUCUGCAUCACACGCCGCUACUCAGACGGCUGGUGCGAGGGCGUCAGCUCGGAAGGGACUGGAUUCUUUCCGGGGAACUAUGUGGAGCCCAGCUGCUGACGGCUUGGGGCUCCCUGAGCUCCUGACCCAGGCGCUGCGCCGCGCGAGCCCCUUGAGCUCCAGCACAAAGCCAGCUCCACACUCAAGGCUGGCCUAGGCCUGUCCUCCUCUUGCUCUGUGAGCUGGGCCUAUCCCUCCCCUUCGUUUUGGUGGGAAGGGGUCCCGGGGAGAGAGAGGAUGUACCCAAAGGCCUGCUGCGGGCAGGAAAGAACUGGAAGCCAAAGAGUUUGCUCAUCUUGUCCACAGAAGACCCCCUACUCCACGCAGGAUAGGGUCUCCAGCUGCCAAGUGCCAACUCGGAAUAAAUCUCUGAUGACCUCCUGGUGGCUGCCCUGACGGGCUGGGGGGCCAGAGAGGGAGGAGGGAGUGAAUGGCUCCUGCGAAUUACUGAGCCCCUCUGCCCGCCGGGGCAGCUGGCUCUCCCCAUCACUUCCGUCCUAAGUGCCCUCUACACUAGGGCCCGAAGGCCCCCAACGACGGACCACAUCCUGCUCUUUCGCCUGUUGCUUGCUGCGUUAAGCUGGGUUCCUCAAGCCAGACGAGGGGACCAACUCCUCCACUUCCGUCGGGCUCUCGGAGGGCAGGCAUCGCCUCAUCCUCACCCCGCAAACGUCGGCGCGAGAGAUCUGAGUCAACGCUUCCCCCUUCACCUGCUUUAUAGCUCUAAAACACCAAAGAGAGAGGAGGGGCUUGGCUUUCGCUGGCUCUGCUUUAAAACAUCA